CAUUGACCAGACAUAUUAAUAACGAAUAUUAAUAUUAUUCAAAUAGUGUACAUAUAAUAUUUAUGUAUUUUAUGUGUUUUGAUUGUAAUCAAAAUGUUAACAAUAAUCUUAGUCAUUAUUUUGAUGUUGUGCUCACUUCAUUUUUUAUUCUAUCACAAUAAUUUUGCGAAAUCAUUACUUAUUGUUCCCGGUCCUCCGAUUAAAUUUUUUUUUGGAAAUUCACUCGACAUUCUACUGACACCAGAGGAACUGUUUAGCUUAUCAUAUCGAUGGGUAUCUUUAUAUAAAGGCAUAUUUAGGUUCUACGCAUAUUUUCAUGGAGCUGUGUGUAUAUAUAACCCGGAUGAUAUCGAGAUAAUACUUUCAAGCAUGAAAUAUCAUGAGAAAAGUUUUAUAUAUACAUUCUUGAAACCGUGGCUUAAAGAAGGGCUUCUGUUGAGUAAUGGUUCCAAGUGGCAAAAUCGAAGAAAGAUAUUAACAUCAGCUUUUCAUUUUAAUGUUUUGCAAAAAUAUUAUCCUGUAUUAGAAGACAAUAGUCAGCGUUUGAUCAAGGCUCUAGAUAAAACGAAUGGAGAAAUUAUUGAUAUAAUACCUAUUACAUCUGAAUAUACUCUUAACACAAUAUGCGAAAGUGCCAUGGGUACACAAUUGAGGGAGGAGUCAGCUGGUGCAGGAAAAUUAUAUAAAGAAGCAAUAUAUGAAGUAACUAACACGAUCGUACAAAGAUUUUCCAAUUUAUUAUUGCAUCUAGAUUUCGUUUUUAAUAAAACUUCAGUUGGGAAAAAACAACUCAAAUAUCUGGAAGUUAUUCGAAAUUUUACUGAAAAUGUUAUAAAGGAGCGAAGGAAAACAAUUGUAAUGCCCUCAAUGAUAGAAAAUAACAGCAAAUUAGAUGAAACAAGGGAGAAGAAUGAUUACCUGUCCAGUAAUAAAAAAAAAGAAAGAAACGCCAUGUUAGAUCUGUUGAUUUCGGCCGAAAAAGACGGGUUAAUUGAUGAUGCCGGUAUUCAAGAAGAAGUCGAUACGUUCAUGUUCGAGGGAUACGAUACAACAGCGACUGGACUAAUUUAUUGUUUGAUGAUGUUAGCGAACGAACAAGAAGCUCAGGACAAAAUUGUAGAGGAACUGAAUGGCAUAUUUGGAGAUGAUAAGCGCUCAGCCACCAUCGAAGAUCUGAAUAAGAUGCGAUAUCUAGACUGUUGUAUUAAAGAGUCUUUACGACUUUACCCCCCUGUACCCUUUAUAAGUCGGAAAGUAAACGUAGACACUGUCUUAAGUGGCUACAAAAUACCAGCCGGUACAUAUUGUCACAUACAUAUUUACCAUUUACAUCGUCACGAGCAUUUGUUCAAGAACGCUCUUAAGUUUGACCCAGAUCGAUUUCUCCCUGAAAACAGUGUAGGACGACAUAAUUACGCCUAUUUACCAUUCAGCGCAGGACCGAGAAAUUGUAUUGGUCAAAAAUUCGCUAUGAUGGAAUUGAAGUCGGGGAUUUCUGCUAUAUUGAGAAAUUUCAAGCUUAUCCCGGUCACGAAGCCAACUGAUCUUCGCUUCGCUGCUGAUUUAGUACUAAGAAGUAAAUGGCGCAAUUCAGCACCGAGUUUCUACGCCGCUCAGUCAAUUGAUAUGAGAAACUACUCAUUCGUGCACAACUUAGAUCCAGCAGUACGAGAAGGAUCACACAAAAAUGCGGAUGACGUCCUCUUUGAUAUGUUCAAAAACGAAGACACAGGCUUACUUCCCGUGGGAAAAUUUUUAGCCGCAUUGAGAACAACCGGCAUAAGAAAAAAUGAUCCAAGAGUCAAAGAAGUAAUGCAUAAUUUGUACAAAGUACAUAAAGAGUCAAACUUCGAAGGUGGAUCACCAGAAACACUAAAACUCGAUAGAAAAUCGUUUAAAGAAGUAAUUUCACCUAACAUCGUAUUGAUUACCAGAGCAUUUCGUAGUCAAUUUGUAAUUCCGGACUUUCAAGACUUUAUUAAAGACAUCGAAGAAAUGUAUUGGUCGGCCAAAAGCAAUACGGACGGUAAAGUCGCCAGCUAUAUUCCACAGCUGGCUAGAGCAAGUUCAGAAAAUUGGGCUGUUAGUGUUUGUACUAUCGACGGUCAACGCUUUUCUAUUGGUGACGUGAAUGUUCCAUUCACUCUUCAAUCCUGUAGCAAGCCAUUGACUUAUGCGAUGGCACUCGAGACCCUAGGCCCUGAUGUAGUGCAUAAGUACGUUGGCACAGAGCCUAGUGGACGUAACUUCAACGAACUCGUCUUAGAUUACAACAUGAAACCUCACAACCCUAUGAUAAACGCUGGUGCGAUCUUAGUUUGCUCAUUACUGAAGACUUUGGAUAAACCAGAAAUGACAUUAGCUGAAAAGUUCGAUUAUGUUAUGUCAUUCUUCAGUCGCCUCGCCGGUAAUGAGGCCUUGGGUUUCAACAAUGCGGUAUUUUUAUCUGAACGCGAAGCUGCGGACAGGAAUUAUGCACUGGGAUUUUACAUGCGUGAACAUAAAUGCUAUCCGGAGAAAACUAACCUACGAGAAUGUAUGGACUUUUACUUUCAGUGCUGUUCUAUGGAGGCGAGUUGUGAUAUAGUAUCAAUUAUGGCUGCUACUUUAGCAAACGGGGGUAUAUGUCCAAUAACUGAUGAAAAGGUACUUCGUCCAGAUUCCGUGCGCAACGUUUUAUCUCUGAUGCAUAGUUGUGGAAUGUAUGACUAUUCUGGUCAAUUUGCGUUUAAAGUAGGACUACCAGCAAAAUCUGGAGUAUCAGGAGCUAUGCUUAUUGUGGUCCCAAAUGUUAUGGGCAUUUGCACGUGGUCUCCACCUUUGGAUCCGCUAGGAAACAGUUGCAGAGGUCUACAAUUCUGUGACGAGAUGAUCGAGCGAUUUAAUUUCCAUAAAUAUGACAAUAUUCGUUAUGCAAGCCAUAAGAAGGAUCCCCGCCGUUACAAAUUUGAAUCCACCGGUCUCAGUAUUGUUAAUCUUUUAUUUUCGUCAGCAAGUGGAGAUUUAAGUGCCCUCCGCAGACAUCAUCUAUCAGGUAUGGACAUGACUCUAUCAGAUUACGACGGUCGUACAGCUUUACAUCUUGCUGCAGCGGAAGGACAUCUAUCUUGUGUGGACUUUUUACUUGCGCAAUGCGGUGUACCACACGAUCCACAAGAUCGCUGGGGAAGUCGUCCCCUCAACGAAGCUGAGACUUUCAAUCAUUCCGCUGUGGUCCAGUAUUUAAAGGAGUGGGAACACUCUCACCCAGAAAACAAGCCACUUGAACAAAAGCCCGAUACGGUGGAUCAGAUACUGAAGCCAGAAGUAAAACCAGAUGCAGAUGAUGCUGUAAAAGACCCAAGCAUACAAGAAAUAGUAUCUAGGAACGGUGACAAAGUACUGUAAAUAUUUGAAUUUAUUAUUUAUUAGGUAGGUGUGUUGAAACUUCAAAUAUUAUCAGUAGGUACUUAUGUAUCAUGAACAUUAGCAAGUUUAUUUAUAAAAGAAAACCAAACAAGACGUAAUACAGCGUCACAAGCCAGAUCGUGCAUUUGUGUCGUGACGUUCAAUAGGGCUUGUUUAUAGUGGUUUUCAAGGUGUUUACAUAAAAUUUAUUUUAUAAUUACUGUAGAUGUUUUAAAAUAUAUAAAACUAUAGUAAAUGUUCUGCUGUCGAUAUCAAAACUAAUAUAAAUUAUCUCAUUGAUUAAAAUUCUUAACGAUUUAAUUAAAAAUUAGAUCGCGGAGAAACAUAUAAAAACAUUUUUUUUCCUCAUUAAAUGUUAUCUAUGAACAUUCAAAUGAAUCUCAUGAUUUUCGAAACAAUAAGUUACUUAUGGAUUUUUUUUUUAAAAAGAAUUGUUUGAAAUUAUAGAGGCUGUGAUAUUUUUAAGUCGCAUUAAACUAAGCUUGCUUAUAAUUUACAUUUUUUUUCAAAUAAAGUAAUGUAUAUUAUAAAAUGUAUUACUUACUUUAUUUUAUAUUAUAGAACAAGCAUAAUUUUCGUAUUCAAUUAGGUACAAGGCACAAUUAUAAUCUUUUAAUUACACACUUGAUGAUAACGUCUGAAGUCGUCGUAUCUUAGCAAGACUACUUGAAUUGAAAUGUUUUCAUGAAUAAUUGAAGAAAACUUUAAAAUAGUUACUCAUUUUAAAACCAGAAAACUGUUAAUCUUUUUACAUUCCAUAUUCAUACAUAAUAUUCCUUAAUAUUGCUUAAUAUGAAAUGUUUUUCACAUAAUAAUAAUACGACGAACAAUAAAUCAAAUUAUAAAUGUAAUUUAAAAAGAAUUUACGCUUGUUAACAUUUACUGCUAGACAAAAGAAAAUGCUGCUUUAUACAGCUAUUCUAUCUCGAUGUGACAAUAAAUAUUGAAGUUGUGUGGUAGAUUAAUGAAGUAUUUUUGUCUGUAUUUAUGUAUGUCAAUUAAAUUGUUAAAAUUA